UCAACGCAGUUCUCGUGUCAAAAUAGAGCAUGUUUUGCAGACAGUGAAAAUCUCUCCAUAUUUUCCUCCUGUUUUCCCCGUGAAUGUGGCUUUCUUAGUGACGCAGCAGGAUGGUAUUAGCAGACUUGGGACGGAAGAUCACCUCGGCGCUGCAGUCGCUGAGCAAGGCGACGGUGAUCAAUGAGGAGGUGCUGAACUCGAUGCUCAAGGAGAUAUGCGCGGCUCUCCUGGAGGCAGAUGUCAACAUAAUGCUGGUGAAGAAGCUGCGCGAGAACGUUCGCGCGGUGAUUGACUUCGACGAGAUGGCAGGAGGACUGAACAAGAGGCGCAUGAUCCAGUCCGCUGUGUUCAAGGAACUCGUGAAGCUGGUGGAUCCGGGCGUGAAGCCCUACCAGCCCGUGAAGGCGCGCCCCAACAUCAUCAUGUUUGUGGGCUUGCAGGGCUCGGGGAAGACCACAACCUGCACGAAGCUGGCCUAUCACUACCAGAAGAAGAACUGGAAGUCCUGCCUCGUGUGCGCCGAUACCUUCCGUGCUGGUGCCUACGAUCAGAUCAAGCAGAACGCCACGAAGGCGCGCAUCCCCUUCUACGGCAGCUACACCGAAGUGGAUCCCGUGGUGAUUGCGCAGGACGGCGUGGAGAUGUUCAAGAAGGAGGGCUUCGAGAUGAUCAUCGUGGACACGAGCGGUCGACACAAGCAGGAGGAGUCUCUCUUCGAGGAGAUGUUGGCAGUCGCCACGGCCAUUCAACCGGACAACAUUAUCUUCGUGAUGGACGCCACAAUUGGACAGGCUUGCGAGGCUCAAGCCAGGGCGUUCAAGGAGAAAGUCGACAUCGGAUCCGUGAUCAUCACAAAGUUGGAUGGACACGCCAAAGGAGGAGGAGCGCUUUCUGCUGUCGCUGCUACAAACAGUCCCAUCAUCUUUAUCGGCACAGGAGAGCACAUCGAUGAUCUGGAGCCCUUCAAGACGAAGCCUUUCGUCAGCAAACUUCUCGGCAUGGGCGACAUUGAGGGUCUGAUUGAUAAGGUGAACGAGUUGAAGCUGGACGACAAUGAGGAGCUGCUGGAGAAGAUCAAGCAUGGCCAGUUCACGAUCCGCGACAUGUACGAGCAGUUCCAGAACAUCAUGAAGAUGGGCCCCUUUUCGCAGAUCAUGGGCAUGAUUCCGGGCUUCUCGCAGGACUUCAUGACAAAGGGUGGCGAGCAGGAGUCCAUGGCGAGGAUAAAGCGUCUCAUGACCAUGAUGGACAGCAUGUCAGACGGCGAGCUGGACAAUCGGGACGGCGCCAAGCUGUUCAGCAAGCAGCACACGCGCGUGGUGCGCGUGGCUCAGGGCUCGGGCGUGACGGAGCGCGAGGUGAAGGAGCUGAUAGCGCAGUACACGAAGUUCGCGGCGGUGGUGAAGAAGAUGGGCGGCAUCAAGGGACUCUUCAAGGGCGGCGACAUGGCAAAGAACGUAAAUCCCACGCAAAUGGCCAAACUCAAUCAACAGAUGGCGAAGAUGAUCGAUCCGCGGAUGCUGCAGCAGAUGGGCGGCAUGUCAGGAUUGCAGAGCAUGAUGCGACAGCUCCAGCAAGGCGCAGCCGGCGGCUUAAGUAAUCUAAUGGGCGGUUUCGGGAAAUCCUAAUUUGUUUUCUACCAAGGAGAAUAAAAUCAUUAAGAGAGUAUAAAUUCAAAUAAAUAA